AUAAUGCCUUACCUGACCGCUUAGACAGUCGUUUAAAAUGAUCUUUUCUUUUCGAUUCUAAAGCACCUUGCGUUACAAAUCGAUUUUUUUAUUAUCUUCAUUACUUAAUCAUUUUUAAGUGGAAUCUAAAAAGAUGGAAAGAUUUAUGGAAGAUGCGCUGCAACAAGCUCGCAUUGCGAAUAACCUCAAAGAGGUGCCGGUAGGUUGUGUUUUUGUGUACGGCCCAGCGCACGAAAUCAUUGCCCAGGGAUGUAAUCUAGUGAACGAAACCAAAAAUGCCACCCGGCAUGUCGAAUUUAUCUGCAUCGAUCAGGCGCUCGAGUAUGGGCGCCGGAAGGGAAUUGUUCCUGCGAAGUCGAUCUUCACCGACAUUACCGUCGUGGUAACCGUCGAGCCUUGUAUUAUGUGUGCUGCAGCGCUACUCAAUCUGGGUAUACGGGAAAUCAUUUAUGGAUGCCGAAAUGAUCGCUUCGGAGGAUGCACCGUGCUCGAUGUACCCAAAUUACUCCAGUCAACUGUUCCCAUCCGUGGGGGUGUACGAGCGGAGGAAGCCAUGGAACUGCUGAAAGAAUUCUACAAAGGGGAAAAUCCCUCCGCUCCCGUGCCAAAGCCAAGGGCCAAGAGUUUGGGCGCUAAAACGUGAAGUGAUUUGAAAUCAAUAUUAUUUUUACUCAUUUAUACAACACAUGGAAUAAACGUAAAUACACAUCUACAA